CGCUCGGGUAGUCGCUAUUCCGACAACCUCCACCAGUCUCUCUGCUCGUAUCGACUGGGCGGCUCUGCUUUGCCUCCUAUUUCGAUGUGCCCAUACGUAACUCGCAUUUGGUAACGAUAUCAGUAACGACGACAGUUCUCAUGCACAGAUUACGUCUACAGACCCAAAGAGGCACGUCUGUGCAAGGCACUGCGUGAUCAGGGCCGUCAGAACCGGCCCUCGAAACAGAAAUGGAAACCGUCCGCGACUACCAUCCGCCAGCCCAGCCUUUUCCCCAUGAUGCUGAGUCAGCGGGCGGAGGAGUUUAGGAGCCAGAGGAUGUUACAGAAUUACAAUGAGAGUUUUUCAGACCUGAAUUACUCUCAGCUUCGUAUGCCACCACCUGGCGAAUACAACCUGGUCCACCAACAUGUUGACCAGUCCUGGUACAACAGCUAUGCACAUGGUGGUAUACAGAAUGGAAAUUCAGAUCUUUACGGUCGAGGUAAUGAAAACAAAACUCCUACGGAGUGGGGAAGCUACCACUCUGAUACCGAGUCUCCAUUUAUUCCCCCACAGAUAAAUAACAAUAAUUCUGAAGGACAAUACCACCCUAGUAUGCAGUCAGUUCCACAAGUAAUGGGUCAGCAAUUACCUAUGGAAGGACCUUUAAUGAUGCCCAACCAGAACCAACUCAUGGGCUCGUCACAGGAUCCUCUCAUGAUAAACGAUGUACAUAAUGGGCUGAUAACAAACGGUGUGGAUAGUUGUCAAAUUGAACAACCUCCUUUGAAGGAAGAAGAGUCAAUACCAAAGAUCGAUGGGCCGAGAGUGACACUUGUCUCUCCAGAAUGUCCUAAAGAAAUGAACCGAGAUGCAAUGAAACUGCCUGGGUUUCACCAAACAUUUGGUAAUAUAACUGAAAUCGGUCGUUUUUCCCAGCAUGAUGACUACUUUGAAUCACAACCGGCUGAACUGGUUGAACAGCCAAAGGUGAGUGAACCAGUUGAAGUGAUACCAAAGCGUAAACCGAGAGGGCGAAAGCGUAAGCAACCAGAACCAAGGGACCUCUUCCAAAGGCCAACGUUCGCUUCCCCCGACCCAAUGCACAACCAGCCAUGUAUGCAGCCAGAGCCGCAGUGGCAAUACCCCCAUAAUCAACCCCACUAUGACCAAUAUCACCAGUGGAGAUCACACCCGUAUUAUCACCAGCAACACUACCACCACCACCAUUAUCCACCCCCUCAUCAUCAUAACAUGUACUACCAACAUUACAAUGAUUGUGUGCCAUCGUACCAUUACAAUUCCUAUUCUGCAAAUUGGCAUAUGAAUAGGGACUAUAUGGUUCAUAACUACCCUGGUUAUGUUUGACCCCAAACUCACCUAGGUUGCUUAGCUCAGCUUGUAGAAAAUAAUCCUUAUUGGUAACAGAAGGAAAUAAACUCAAAAAAUGUAGAAGUAUGGCAACAAAUUUAACAAUUCUUGUCAAUAGAAUAAUAGUUAAAAUUAACUGAUCGGUCAAUUGGAAAAAUUAUAACCGUUUCAUUUUAAUAACUGACAUAAUUGAACUUUAACUGAAUAUCGUGAUUUAUUUACAACAAAAAAUCACUACUUUUCAAUAAUACAAAUAGCCAUACAAAUGGAGUAGAUCAGUGAUUUUUUAGUAAAAUAGUUAAGUAUAUUACAUGUAAGUUUUUAUCAUAUAGUGAUAGAUUCUCUGAAUGCUAAUUUCAAAAGUUAAUUAAUGUCAGUUAUGGUUAAUAUCAAACAUCAGAAAAAUUAUUUGAAUUAUAUUUUAUAGACAUGUUCCAUACUUCGAUUCAUUUUAGUACUGAUGUGUUUAGUAUCAUUUAAUAUGAUGGACUGAAAAUAUGUAGUUGAAAUGAUUGAGAGGUCUAAACCACAUUUGUACAUUAAAUUUACUGUAUUAUCAGAAAAACAAAAUUAAAUGUGCCUUUUAGACAUUGACAAAAAUUGUCUGAAAAUUUUGAAGUUAAUAAAAAAAUCUAGUCUUUGGAAAACGUUCCUAUUCAUAAACAUUUAUAAAAAUAACAUAAUGGGAAACUUCUUUUUUGAAUUAAGUAUGGUUACCAAUUGAAUUGAAAUAUUGUCUUUAGGUUCAUUUACAAUGGUAAAUUGUUACCAGCUGUUAAAUAUUUAUAUUAUCUAUAAUUCUACUUUGUUAUUAUUUAUUAAGCAUAUUGAUUUUGCUGUAUCUUUUUCUUUGUUGUACAGAAUAAAUCUUCCCUCUUUAAAGUUCAAAAAUCGUAAAUAAACUGUUAAAUAUUGAAUUCAAAAUUUUAGACUUUUAAAGUAUUUUAAAAUCAAAGUGAUGUUUUUUCUGAAAUAUAUAGUGAAUAAUAUAAAUCUUGUUUUUUAAAGAAAUUACAUGUACAUAUAUAAUAAGGAAAAUAUUUGUUAAAAUAAAAUUACCUCAUAUUGCUUGAUGGGAAGAAGUAAAACGUGAUAUUUAAUUUUUUUAAGUAGAUAAAUAUAAAAACUAAAUAUUUAUCCUUUGCUCUUUUUUAUUCAAUGUUAUACCUGUUAUAAAAAAAAAUAAUUCACACUUGGAUGGCAUCUUUAAAAACUAAACACAACCAUAAUUUGAAGGUAAAUUUAAAUAAAAAUCCAUGUUUUUUUACUACGUAUGAGAAACUAACAUCAUUCAUCAAUUACAAAAUGUAAAUUUACCAUGUAAUGUUAACUCCAACUUUUAAGUAUGAAAAAUGUACGUGUAAACAUAUCUUUAUUACCUAAGAUAAUCAAACUUAUAUCAAAAAAAAUCUGUACACUGAUCAUGUGUUUGGGCUGAGUUCUAAAAACUAAAGAAUUUAAUAGGGACCAAUAUUUUUAUUAAUUCUUAAAAUGGUUCUUUUACUUUAGAAAGAAAACAUUGCGAGCGAUAAUUUUGAUUACAUCAAAAAUUAUUCCAAAUACAGUACAAGAUAUUCGGGGGAAAAUUACUAUAAAGUGAUCUUCAAAAUAAAAAUUGUAAUACUAUUUGAGGAUAAAAGCAAGUUUUAAAGGGUUAAAGGUAAUAAAAUUACCAUUAGUGUUAAGUGUAUAAUUUGAAAUUGUGAUUUUUAUAAAAUUGUAUUUAAAGCAUGUAGGUCAGGAUCAAGA